CUACCAGCUACAACUAAUCAAUAUGGGAGAGAGUCAAUUGCCACCAUUGGCACAAGCAACUGCUGGAGCUUGUGGAUCGCUGGUAAGCAAUACAGUCGUAUACCCGCUAGACCUGCUAUCAACUCGCCUGCAAACGCAAUCGAAAGGUAAAGAUGGUAAAGCGGGCUAUCAAUCCAUUUAUGGAGCAUUGCAGGAUAUCGUGAAAAAGAAUGGCGUUUCUGGAUUAUAUCAAGGAUGGGGAGCUGAUUCACUUUCCAAUGCUUUGAGUAAUUUCUUAUUCUUUUAUUUUCGUGGAUUUUUGGUGGAAAGGGUACGGGAAAGAAGGAUAUCAUCUUCGGGUACAUCUAGCAAAGCAAAUUCUGCUAAAUUUGCAUUGACGACUGCUGAAGAUUUGAUUGUGGGUAUGUUGGCAGGCGCUUUGAGUAGAUUUUUCACAACACCUUUGAGUAAUGUUACUGUACGUUUGCAAACGAGCGCAACUGCCAAGGAGAAAAAGGAGGAUGAGAAAGGUAAAGGCAAGCAAGUUGAGCCGAACGAUUCUGAGAGUGACGAUGAAGAUGAAUACGGAUCUGGACCUGGAAUUAUGGAAACGAUGCAGCAGAUCAGGAAAGAGAAGGGGAUCGCAGGAUUAUGGUCAGGCUAUGAAACUGCAGUCUUGCUGAGUAUCACGCCUGCUUUGACGUUUUCUUUAUCGCAUAUUAUCUCUCGUGCAACUUUACCCAAAUCUGCUCAAGCAAAACCGUCAAGUCUUCAAACAUUCUUGGUGAAUGCAGGUGGUAAUGCGUUGAGCACGGCUGCUUUGUUCCCUCUGAUUUUGAGUAAGACAAGAUUGCAGUGGAAGAGUCCAAGCGGAAAACGGGUUUACAGGAGUUUAGCAGAUGUUCUACGUAAAACGAUCAGAAGGAAUGGCGUCAAAGGCCUUUAUCAAGGAUUGGAAAGUCAAUUGCUCAAAGGACUUGUUUCGCAUGGAACGACUAUGGUUGUCAAACAACGUGUUGAAGCAUUGUUUAUUACCCUUUUCUUGGUCUUGACGCAAAAAAGUGGCCAAGAUCAGCUUGUCAAGUAA